AUGGAUGCGCGACGUCUCCUGGCGCACCAAGUCAACGGUAGUGGGGAGGAGGAACCGUCUGCGGGCAAUUGCAGCACCAUGAACGAGUACGAUGGACGGAUGGGGCUUCGAAUAUCCGCCAUCUUUAUUAUCCUUGUUGGUUCGACGCUAGGCGCUCUCUUUCCAGUCUUUGCACGGCGGCACCGGGAGAUGGGAAUUCCUGAGUGGGUAUUCUUUAUAACAAAGUAUUUCGGCUCUGGGGUGAUCAUUGCUACCGCCUUCAUCCACCUUCUUGCUCCGGCCAACGAAGCCCUCGGCAACGAAUGCCUCACUGGUGUCAUCACAGAAUACCCAUGGCCCGAGGGAAUUGCCCUCAUGACCGUCUUUCUGAUGUUCUUUCUAGAACUGAUGAUGAUGCGCUACGGCAACUUUGACGGCGAUCAUGACGAUGGUAACGGUCGCUCUCAUUACACAACUCCAGCCCCUCAGGAUGGCCAUGUGGAUUUAAUUAGCGUAGAUGGCCAGAAUAAGUACACGGAGUCCCCAGAAGGCCACAACCACCAUGCGCCAGGAGAGGACCAUCUUGGUCAUCGCCGCGAUCAUACAGACAAUGGCUCUUUAAGACCCGAUUGGAUAGAACGUGGCAUCAUUCCUGAGACCUAUGCAACACAGAUGACCGCCAUCUUUAUUCUCGAGUUUGGCGUUAUCUUCCAUUCCAUCUUCAUAGGCCUCACGCUCGCAGUUUCGGGCGAAGAGUUCGUCACGCUAUAUAUCGUCCUUGUUUUUCAUCAAACAUUCGAGGGCCUCGGUCUUGGAGCCCGAUUAGCAACAGUUCCUUGGCCGACAUCGAAGCAGAUCACGCCCUACAUCCUCGGGUUGGCCUAUGGGCUGUCCACCCCUAUUGCUAUUGCCAUUGGCCUCGGCGUCCGUAACACGUAUCCACCAGAGUCGAGAACCGCGCUGAUCACUAAUGGAGUCUUUGAUUCCAUCAGUGCAGGUGUUCUUCUUUAUACCGGUUUGGUUGAGCUCAUGGCACACGAGUUUAUGUUCAGCCCAUACAUGCAACAGGGCUCUGUAUGGAGGAUGUUGAGCGCCUUCUUCCUCAUGUGCCUCGGUGCCGGUCUCAUGGCUCUCCUCGGUAAAUGGGCAUGA